AGAGCAGGCGCAGGCGCAGAAAAGUUAGGAACAAUCGGGACUCCUUUCUCUUUUCAGAAAGGGAAACGAGAAGGAGCAUUUUUUGUGCUAGAGCGUCACCGUAUAGACGGGCUAUUUCCGGGAUUGGUGCAAAAAAGAGGGGAGGGGAGCGGCGCGGGCGGCUUGAACGAGAAUGGCGGCCGUUCCAAUGGAAGAGAGCUCGUUGUCCUUCGCGGUGUCCCCCGCGAGUCCCCCUGGGGUCGGGAAGAAGGAAGGGCCGGGCGCGGAAGAGCUGCCCAUGGUGUUCCUGUGUGCCGGGUGCAAACGCCCCGUCGGAGAUACGCUCAGCUGGGAGACCAACGACGACGACACCGACUGCAUCUUGCUGAACAGUGUGACUCUCAAUGUAUCAGUGGACAAGGAGCAAAAACUUUCAACCCAAGCAGGUGAAUAUGGCUGCCUGCUUGAAACCUUGUUUUGUUCUGGGUGCAACAAAAUACUUGGAAGCAUUUACAGAUGUACCCCAAGACAUCUUGACUAUAAACGAGAUUUGUUUUGCUUAAAUGUUGACUCUCUAGAAAGUUAUACUCUAGGGUCUUCUGAACAGAAAGCUGAAACUGAUGAAGAACCUCUUACACUUGAAAGUCGGGCUAGCUUAGAAGAAUCACUAGAAAGGGCAGAAACAAUAUUAAAAGCAUUGGAGCAACGAUUGUCUGUUGUUGAAUCAAGUUUUGCAUCUCUUCACCACAUUGGCUGAAAAAUAUUAUGAGCAUUACCAACAUUAAUACUGAAACAUAGUCUUGGCAUACUUAUUAGGAAGUUUGUUAAUUUACAGAAGGAUUGUACAUUUAAAAACAUGAAGCAUGCUUGGUGUCAGGCUUCUCAGGAAGCAAAACACUUCAGGGUAAUUGAUAACAUUCUUCAGAAAUUCUAUUCAGAAGAAAUGUUCAUCCUACCUUCUGCUUCUAUAUUUGUAUAGGACAAAAUCCUAUUACUUAGCCUAGUAAAUCACAGUAGUCUAAUUAAAUUAGUGGGGAUUUGAUGAGUUAGCAACUCCAUUAAGCUCUGUUGAUUCCAAUGGGCCUAUUCUGUGAUUUACUAUGCUAAAGUAAGUUGCAGUUGGAGUAGGCCCAUUUGAAUCAGUGGAACUUAUGGAAGACUGUUUCACUGAAUCCACAUUGUGUUAAUGAAACUACUCUAAUGUAAUUUACUACGCUAAGCAACAGGAUUUGGGCCACUAUGGCUGACUUUGUUUUGUCACAUUAGGGAGGAGUGUAGCUAACUUGUUUUUUCCAGAGAAUGUGGUAUCUGGAAGGACUAGAUGCCCAAUAAGUCAAUGGAAUGGUACCUGAACCUUCCAUAAAUGGUUGGAGCUAUUCAGUCUUCUGCUAGUGGGUCAUUUUUGUAUAGUGUACAGAGUAAUUGCUGAAGCCUGUAUUUGUGCAGCUUUUCAUACUUUAGCUGAACAUGUUUAAAUGUUAUAUCCUAUGAUACUUAAUGUUUGAAAAUAAGGUUUAGACCUUCCUGAAAUUCUGGACAAUUUUUUUAAGUGCAACCUUAUUUUUGCCAGUAAAAUAACUUGAAAAUAUUACAGAACUUGAACAUUUUGAAAUUGUAUAUGCAUUAAUUUGAAGGAACUGUUUUCUAAUAUCUUAAGAAUGCAAUUUAGUUAAGAUACAUGAAUAAAUGUAAAUAAACAGUGAUGUAAAUAUUUCAAUAAGCACAGGGAUUUGUAAUUGAUCUGGAAUGUAUAACUCAGUUGAACUGUUGUAGCUGUACUUUUUCAUAGUCACCUCAUUCCCUAGAAUUGAAGCUUCAUGCUGACUGCCAAAUAUCAAUGCCUUUCAUGUUCCAAAUAACCUAGGUAGCAUUAGUCAUCAUAAUUCUCAUAAUGUUGUAGGACAUUCUGUUCAUAUAAUUGGGGCACAUUGUGUAGCUUUAUCCUUAUUUACUCUUUCUUCAAAAUUUAAAAAGAAGAACCUUUCAUCAACAAAAAGUUUGCAGAGCAGGUACUUAUAUAUAGUUAUAACUUUAGCUGUUGUCAAGCAAACAUAGUUUCAUCUACAGAAAAGCAGAAGACUCUAUGAUAUCUUAAAGGAGAACAAUUUUAUUAUCAGGUUUUGUUCCUGAGUUGUUUUGAAAAGAUAGUAUAUUGGCAGGUUUAAUACCAAUGAAAAUAAUUAAUUAUUAUUUAAAUACUAUAUAGUAUUUAUUUAGUAUUGUUUUCUGGAUCACUUAUAUAAAAUAAUAUCUGAACAAUAUACAAUGAAACGUAUAACAUCCAAAAAAUAUAAAAUCCAGGACUAGGAAAGUCUAAGCAAACCAGGUCAUUCUUAGAAGACUUUGCCUCCUGGAUGUCAGUAGCAAUUUGACUUGCAUUAAAAGGGCAAAAUAUGGCACUCCAGAUGUUGAGAGAUUGUGACUUUGAAUGUGCACCAUUGACUACAAUACCCAGAGCUGAUAGGAGUCCUCCAGGGCUAAAAGACUGCAUUUCCUCACCUCUGGCUUAGAUUCUAAAACAACAUGUUAAGGUUAAGGGUCCCCUUGACAAUUUUUGUCCAGUCGUGUUCGACUCUAGGGGGCGGUGCUCACCCCCGUUUCCAAGCC